AUGCCACGUCAACUGAGAAAAAGAGGCCGAGAGAGCUGUGGGGAACUGCAGACGGAGUCCACGAAGCGUCCCCGGCGUACGUGCAAGGCUGCAACAUCCACCCCCAACUCAUCCCCGUUGACCGCGGAAGUCGAAGACGCAACUCGUCGCAACUCAUCCACCCUCUUGACGCAACUUCCUUUAGAAUUAAUACUUGAGAUUUGCUCUCUCCUGCGGCCCCUUGAUCUUCUGCAAUUGGCACGCGCGAGCAAGCCCUUUAGAAGUACUCUCAUGAAUCCGUCAUCGAAACCUUCGUGGAAGGCCGCCCGGAUGAAUGUCGACACAUUCCCGGUCACCAUUCCCUUUCCCGACUGCCCACCUUGCCUGAGCGAGCCUCUAUAUGCUGCUCUGAUGUUCGACAAUCUUUGCAUGUGCUGUGGAGAAGCCUGUGGCUACGACGACGUCUUGUGGACUUUCUUCGUACGCUACUGCCCCUCGUGCAGAGACCUCAGGCUCGCUACCGCACGUGACAUAGACAAGGAUACUUAUUUCUCAUUUGCACACUGGAACGCCUGCGCCCACACCGUAGUCAAACGUUCAAGGAGGUAUGAAACCGUGUACCACCGCCCAGAGAUCAGCCACGUGGAGUCGCUCCUUGCAGAAACCAAAAACGUGGAAGAACGUCAAGCACUGACGGUAGAGCUCGUGCAGAAUUUGUCCGAUCAACGAAAGCAUGUGGAAAUCUGUGAGAAUUGGUUCCACCGCAUGAGCAGCGAGUGCAAGCAACAGAGACUUAAUGCGGUUAUGUCACAUUUAAAAAAGUUGGGGUAUGAGCCAGAUAUAAGGUAUCUGAACUCCAUGUACAAGCCAUUGUCAACCCAUCCACUGGUGUGCAUUCGUGAAGGAUUGAGAAAUGAAGGAUGGGAGCAAAUCCGGCCUGCCAUCAUCGAGUUCAUGGAAGAACGGAAGGUGAACCGUAUGGGGUGGGAGCGAGUAUAUGCGCUGAGGGACCGCCUCGAUGUCCUCGACGCGGCUCUGAUCAAAAUUCGGGUCAAGGCGGCCGCCACAGAAGUGCUGCCGCACUCGAUCGAUGUCGUGGCCUACCCCGAAAUUGAGAGUUUGCUCACUGGCGAUAAGAGCCUUUCAGAAUCAAUCUUUACGGAUGCGCUAAAGGAAGUGAUUCCCCGUUGGCUUCGGGACGUCGACAAAGAACUCGCGGAGCACUUCAAGCCCGCCAGCUACGUUCCUCUUAACGACGAGCAUUCUCGACGAAAAUCUGGCCCGGCGACAGUAGAGCUGGCAAGAACCGUCUUCAAGUGUUCGUGCGGUGAGAUCCGCUUUUGGCCUACAGUGGCUUGUCACAAGCAUCAUUGCGAGAAAGAACGUGCGCGGGAUUACCAAGGCCCUGACGUCCGCUCUAAGACAUAUACCGGGAAGAUAUAUCCGGUCGGUAUGCCCCUGCUGGAUGCCGCCGCUGGUGGGCGGUACUUCCCCAUCGAGCCGUGGAGGCCUGACUGGUUCACACUGUGUGAUGACCAAGUGAAGCAUGUAUUCAAAGCCUGUGGGAAAGACCCCGCAACUACUACGUGUGACGACAUGGAUAGGCUUGAUGUGAGGUUCUCAUGCAAGACAUGCAACAAGCCAGGACGGUCGAUCGUUAUCAUGCAUUGGCGGACCGCAAUUUAUCAUUGCCUAACAGAACAUCAAUACGCAUCUUCUGCAACCGCUUGGGAGGUCGUGGAUGCGCCGCAGGCUGCAGAAUCCAAACGGCUGGAGAACGCACGAAAGGGCAAACUUCUGCAAGAAUACGACGCAGAGACUCUCUGGCAAUGCGCGCGUUGUCUCUUCGGCACAAGGAAGACUGGGAUGUCCGACGAGUCACUGUCCCAGAGUGAGAUGUUGAAGCAUCUGCGAUACCACCAUAGGAUCCGUCAACAGUCUGCGUACGAAAUGAUCGCAGAUCGCGAUCGCCUGUCGCGUUUGACGCCUCCAGUACGACUUUUCUCGGACAAGCUCUCGGCGCGCGAUCUUCGUCCUGCCGAGGACGACAUGCUAAUAGACGGUCGUGCAGCGUUCUUUGCGUUCCCCGCUGAAAACGCUGGUACCGGUCGCGCAACGGCCACACGGACGUCUUCGAGGACGGCUGCGAAGCAACGUCGCGGCUGA